CAACAACUGCAAUUCUCUUUUUUCGAGAUAUUAAGAGUGACUCUGUUGCUCGUUAAACUGACUAUCGAUCUAUCGAUAGUACCACUGGCAGUGCUGUCAAACGUCUACACUUUCGACUUUUACGAGUAGUUCGCAUACAUUUGCAAAAUUAACAAACUAACGAAAGUUUUUUUUUUGAAGCCAAAGCAAAUAAUCUUAAGAAAUCAACUGCAUUUUGGCAGUCUGCAAUGUCAACUGUUGAUGUGGCACCAACAGAGGAGCUUGUCGAGCGCCUAAUUGAGGUAACAGCCUGCAAUGCAGAGGAAGCCAAACAUUUGUUGAACGCUUGCAACGACGAUGUUGCUGCCGCUGCCGAGCUCUACUUUGAGCAAGGAGCUGGCUCGGUAGCAGACAAUAGCAUAGCAGCAGCAGCACCAGCAGCUCUUGGGGAUGAGGAACAAGUGCGUGCACCCAUAUUACCCGUACGCGAGCAACUCAUACUGCCGGAGGAUGAUAACUUCUUUGCGUCUGGCAGCAGCAACGGCCAAAACAGCAGUCGACUUCAACGCGUUAGCCAGCGCGUCAAAGUGUGUCCACUGCGUGAUUUUGCGCGUGAAGGCGCACUGAUGGAGGAACAGCUGCAGGCAAGUGGUGUCUAUGCGGAUCCAAGCACACAGCGUCGUCGACGUGAACGCAGCGCACAAUUGUUGAAUUCGGCACGCGCCAGCACAUCCCGCCUAGGUGAUCUCUUUCGUCCGCCCACAGAGCUACUAUACUCCGGCACUCUGGCGGCGGCUCGUGAAUUUGCCAGCAAACGCCAGCAAUGGCUGUUGAUCAAUGUACAAAGCGAUAAUUUCCAGUCACAGACUAUGAAUCGUGAUGUCUGGAGCAUCAAGGAGCUAAAGUCGCUGGUGCGGCGUCAAUUCGUAUUUUGGCAGGUUGACGAGGACAGUGCCGAGGGCAGACGCUUUGUAGCUUUUUAUCAUUGUGCCAAGCUUCCUUAUUUAUGCGUAAUUGAUCCACGCACUGGUGAGGAAAUCUGGCACAGUGCAGAGCCAAAUCAACAGAAUGUGUUGCCCGAUUUGCGACGUUUUCUACGCGAGCAUCGAGACUUCUCGCUAGAGGAAGCAUCCACCAGCAAACGCGCUGCCAUAGCGAUCGAUGAUGAUGAUGACGACGAGGAGCAGUCGGAGACUCAAAACCCCACACCCAAGAAACGCGCCAAGUUGCUAGAGCUUACCGAAGAGGAGCAACUGGCCAUGGCUAUUAAGAAUUCCAUGCAGGAGAAUGGUAAUGGCAACUCCAACUCUGAUGUAGAGAGCGUAGGCGAAGGGGAAAAGGUCGAGGAGCCCGAGCAGUUGGACAGCUAUGAAACUCAGCUGGGCUCACAGCUCGAGGAACUAACAGCGCUCAAGCUACGUCUGCUUAACGAAGCUGGUAGCGAUGAAAUGGUGCAACUCCGCUGGCCAUCGGACACCAAGCUCAAGACCUUGCGUCUUUAUAUUAGACAAACCCACAAGCAUAUACCAUUGGAGGGCUACAAGCUCAUUUGCGCCUUUCCACGCAAAUCUCUCGAGGUCGAGCACAAUGAGGCCACACUCAGGGAGCUGGGCCUGCAUCCAUCGGCCAAUUUGCAUCUCACGCUGGACGAGUAAACACACAUAUUUAUUUAAACAAACAAACAAAAUAGUUAUUUGUCCACGUCUCUACUUUUCGCGGCUAAUCCACAUAAAUAACCAUAAACUAAAUUAAUGUUAAGUGAAAAUGAAAAAAAAAAUUGAAAUAAAAUUAUGAAC